AUGCGGGCGAGAUCCGGCCGCGGCCAGCGCCGGGCGGGGGUGUGACGCGCCGUGACGCGCCGUGACGCAGCGCCGGGCCCACCGCGACGUCACGCAGCGCCGUUGACUCAGGCUUUAUAACUGAAAGCCGCCUCCGACACCAUCAGACAACAGCUGAACGCCAACCGACAUACACGCAAGGACCUGCCAGUGACAGAUAACACUACUACACGCGAGUUAAAGGACAGUGAAAAGUUUUCUGAAGUUUAAAGUGAUUUAAGUGACAAGUGAUACAAUGGAGAAAAUUGUACUGAUGAUUCUAGUGCUGUGCGUGGUGGUGAGGGCCUACAGGCACCCCAAGUUCCCGCACUACCCCAACGAGUUCCGGGACAAUAAUUUGAAGAAAGAAAAAUGUUCGCGAGAAAAAGAAGAUUUGCGGAAUGAAUAUAUCGAGAGGUCAAAAUGUGGAAAACCUAAGGAAGUUUUCGUACACCUGAACUCUGCCAGCACCAGCGAAUUGGUGAUCCCGAAGGCAGUGUGGGUGGCUCGCUGCGCCGGCACGUGCGACUACGACGGCCACGAGUGCGUGGCCACCGUCAAGCGAACCCUCCACAUACCCGUGCGCGUGAGCAACAUCAGCACGGGCAAGGAGUCUUGUUCCACGUAUGAAGUAGAGGAACACGUGAGCUGUGGUUGCUGCUCCAAGAGGGAGUGCGAGGCUCCCCAGAUCUUCAACCCUCGUAAGUGCACGUGCCAGUGUCCCAACGUCGCAGAGAGGAGAUCCUGUCUCCGCAAGCGGAGCCAGAAUAUGAAGUGGAAUCGAUUUAAGUGUGCUUGUGAGGUGAUGAGGCGAAAGACUUAAGCCGUGCUGUGGACAGCACUGAUCAUGUGAAGGUUGACACGCCUGCUGCCACGGUGGCGGACCAGGGCAGGGGUCCCUGGGUCUUCGGCAAGGGGAGAUGUCAGCAGACAUGACAGCUCCAAAAGACAAAGUGUUGUGAAGACAAGUGGCUAAAGCCCGCACUGACUGCAAGCGGCACACUCGACUGAUUCUACGUUCUUAAUGUUAUAAGUACUUAUAAGUAUUAGGUAAAUACACAGUAUUAUUAGCAAUAAUUGACUGUUAGGUACCCUAGGAGUAUUUUGUAAAUUAUGGGGCCAAAAAGUGGCGUGCGUAGCCAUUUCUGUUCCAUGACCUUUUUGGUUUUGAUGAAAUGUAAGCACUUAAACGUUUUUAGGCUUUUUACUUAUUAUUACUUAAUCUCAACGAUAUUUUUUUAUUUAUUUAAUUAUAUUUAUUGAAGCUUUUACUUAACGAUGUAAAUAUAUUGAUAGGUAUGUUUUAUGUUUCUAAUUAUAUUGAACUUAUUUUUCGUAAACUGUGGCAUCACUUUUCAGUAUUAUAAGUUUAUUGUAUACGAGCGCUGUGGCUGCGCAAUUCCUAAAUUGUGAUAUUGAGUAGGUUGUUACAUUUCCAGUUACUUGUACAUAGUCUCUUAUAUACUUAGUUGUAAUGUAUUCCUAAGGUAGCGUAGAUCGUAAGCUCGCUUGUAGCGACUUCUAGUCCAAUUAUCAAUGUCCUGCUUUAUUUAAUUUGCCCACUUGUUUUGACUCUCUUUAAUUUAAUUAAGAUAAUACUUACCUAGUCUGUAAAUAGUGCCGACAAAGGCAUGUAAUCUCGAAUUUUGAAUGUAAAAUUUAUUUGACUUAUUUAAUUUAUUCUGAUUUUUAAUCUAAGCAUACUGUACUUAAUUAUUUUUUAAGUCAAAGCUGCGAAAGCUUUAAGUGAUGGAAUCACGUUAAGUAGUAAAAUUUUUGUACUUUAAUUUUAAUGAGAUAAAACAAUAAAUUUUGUACUAAAUUUUCA